UUCCAGGAGUCAGUAAUUAGCAUUUUUUCCAGUAGUCAGUAGUUAGCAGUUUUUCCAGUAGUCAGUAAUUUGCAGUUUUUCCAGUAGUCAGUAAUUUGCAGUUUUUCCAGUAGUCAGUAGUUAGCAGGUUUUUCAGUAGUCAGUAGUUAGUUGCUGUCUCCAGCAGGAGCUCCAGUCGGCGCUUUUCCCGGUAUCAGUAGCCCCCUCCAGCUUUCCCUCCUCACUCCCAGCUCCAGCUCCGUCAUGGCGACAGUAGUGCAGCCUCUCAGCCUGGAUCGAGACGUGGCGAGGGCGAUCGAGCUGUUGGAGAAGCUGCAGGAGUCUGGUGAUGUUCCUGGUCACAAGCUGCAGUCACUGAAGAAAGUUCUGCAGAGUGAGUUCUGUACAGCCAUCCGAGAGGUCUACCAGUACAUGCAUGAGACGAUAACAGUGAACGGCUGUCCGGAGUAUCAAGCUCGAGCCACCGCCAAGGCAACGGUGGCAGCUUUCGCUGCAAGUGAAGGCCACUCUCACCCGCGAGUGGUGGAAUUACCGAAAACCGAUGAGGGGCUGGGCUUCAACGUGAUGGGCGGGAAAGAGCAAAAUUCCCCAAUUUACAUCUCCCGCAUCAUCCCAGGGGGCGUGGCUGAGAGACACGGCGGCUUAAAAAGAGGCGAUCAGCUUCUGUCUGUCAACGGAGUGAGUGUGGAAGGUGAGCACCACGAGAAGGCGGUGGAGUUGCUGAAGGCGGCUGAAGGCAGCGUGAAGCUGGUGGUGCGCUACACACCCAAAGUGCUGGAGGAGAUGGAGGCUCGCUUCGAGAAGCUUCGCUCGGCUCGACGCCGCCAGCAGCAGCAGCUCCUCAUUCAGCAACAGCAACAACAACACAACCUCAACACUCAACAGAACCACACGGCAUUGUUCCAGAAGAAGAAAAAGUAAAGGACACCACGAGCUUUAUUCCACCUCCACGAUCUGCAGAUGAGGGUCAUGACCUUUUCCAGCAAAGACCACUUCCUCUGGUUUUAGUGUGCUACCUACAGCAUUACCACAUCCUGAACGUAGACACCGGCACUCGCUAACCGUACGAACCGAAUGACAGCAGAGGCGUGGCAGCGAGCUUCUUCUUCUCCUUUUUUCCACCAGUCGUGACUCGUUCCAAAGAAAGCGUCUCGCUUGUAGUUGGAUUAGCGCGUUUUGUUUGUGUUUUUAACCCAGUUUCUUGUUUAGCCGCCGCUUUCUACACUAACUUAUUAACAGAUUCUUCUGGUGCUUGUGUCUGUGAGAAAGAAAAUAGUGUCAGAUGUCGUCUUUUCCUGGAUAAAAGUGAGGUAUUUUAUACCGUAUUGUAGCAAGAAAUAUUUUAUAUAAAAAAAGUGUAGAAUUAGCAAUAACACACUUCAGUUGGAUUUAAAAGCGUUAUAAUUCUGUAAAAAUUCAAUCUAAAGCUGAACACAAUGAUCUGAGAUAUGAACUGGCUUGGCUAACAACAAACAGAAGCUAUCAGAGCAUGAAAGCUAACUGCUAAUCUCCCUGCAGGCUUUAGCUACCAUUUGCUUUUUGCCUCGUUAGAGUUCAUGGACAUUCUCUGCAAAUAAACUUAACUAAAAAUUCAGCAUAUGGAGCAAAAAUGCUAACAGAGCUAAUGAAAAACAAGCAAAACAUUAAGGAUAACUGUUAGCAUUACUGCAAGCUAACUGCACAUGUUUACACUUAAUGCUAGUUCAUUUUCCGUUAGCCAUGUUGGCAUUUUUCAACAUUCUGUGCAGAUAACAUUAAAGGUACACGCCACAGUUGGGACAGAAAUGCUAACUUGCUAACAAUAAAACAGAAAAUAGCAGAGAAUGACAGCUAACUGCUAGGAUGAAAACUAGCUUUAGCCCAGAUAGUGUGUUAGCCAUGUUAGCAUUUGAAUAAUACACUGAACAGUUAAUUGACAAUCACAGCAUAGAGCAAAUAUGCUAAUACACCUAAAACAAGCUAGCAGAAGAUUUAGCAUGCUUUCCCAUGCUAGUGCUAGUUAACAUUUAAGGGCAGGACAUUCUGUUAAAGGUAAAUGGCACAUGACGCUGGGACAAAAAUUGCUUCUGUUGCUAACAUCAAACGUUAGCCUGCAGAUCAGGAAUGUUAGCAGUUUAGCUUGAUUGCUAGCUUUGUAGGGUAGAAUUUUGGCUCCAUGUGAAACAAAAACCUGAUUUACACAGAAUUUGGAUUACAUUUCAACGCUAAUUGAUGCUAAUUUAAUGAAACAGACAGAGUUUUGACGAUUAUUAAAUAAAAGCGUUAAUAUUGAUGAGGACGUGAAUGUCGUACACAGAUGUAUGAAAUCUAUAAAUAAAGUUCUAUAAAGUGGUGGUCAUGUAACAUAACGCUAUUUUAUUAUUUGUAAAUUUUCUAGUUUGUGAUCUUGAAGAGUUUUUAAUUGUAAUUCUAUUCAAUUUUAUUGUAUAUUCCGAAAUCCGAGCGUCUCGUUUGAUCAGAAUCGUCUGUAAUUCUGUCCACUUCUGACAAUCAUUCACUCACUGAGUCAACUCACUAUUACCAAUGAAUUGACUCUCAAAUGACUCCUUAAAUGACUCUUUAAAUGACUCUUUAAACGACCCCUUCUUUAAAUGACUCUUUAAACAAUUAAUUUUUAGAUGACUCUUUAAAUGACUUUAAACGACCCUUAAACGACUCUUUAAAUUAUUAUUUAAACGACUCUUUCUUGAAAUGACUCUUUAAAUGACUCUUUAAACGAAUCUUUUUUUAAAAUUACUCUUGAAAACGACUCUUUAGAUGACUCUUUAAACGACUCUUUAAAGGAACAUUGCAGUGAAAAAUCAAACCUACACAAUAUUGUUUUGUUUUUGAUCUACGACACUAUAGCUAAUAUUAGCCAUAUUACAAAAUCUUGAAAUAUAAUAUUAAAAAUUAAAAUAUUUUAAAAUAGCUCGGUUGCUCGGUUUAGCUCGAGCAGACGGGUGUAGAGGCGUUGCAGCAACUAGAAAAAAGUCUCCAGUAAAAUAAAUCAGUUGCAACUUUGUGUGUGUGCACGUGCGUGCGUGUGUGUGUUUGCGUGUGUGUGCAUGUGCGUGCGCGUGUAUGUUUGUGUGCGUGUGUGUGUGCACGCGCGUGCGUGUGUGUGUGUGUGUGUGUGUGUGUGUGUGUGUGCUAAAGUAUCAAAUAUCAGCCACUGAAGCCGUCCUGAAACAAUCCAGUAGAUUAUUGUGUAGCUUUAAUUUCGAACUGAAUUGUUCCCCUAAAGCGAAUCGAAUGAAUCGAUUCACACAAACAAAUGUAAUGUUUAAGGAGUCGAUUCACUUCCACAGAUCAUUUCAAAUCUUAAAUGUGUUUCUGCAAAUGGAUUUCAUUCUAAAUUUUAAUUCACAUCAAAUGAGUCAAAACGCUGAACAGAUUCGUUCGAAAGAAUCGACUCAGUAAAGUGAGUCACGAAGCCUGAUCCGAAUCCGAAUCAUCUGAAUCAAAGUCUUUUAGUCUGUAUUUUGGGUUUCUUUGUGGACCUGUGUGAGAUCCGCUGCAGUAGAAGUGUGUUGUAGGACCCAGACGAUGCUGUGAAGUGGAUCUGCUGUGCGAGCUGCUCCUCGGCCCGGCUUUCCUCGCUGUUUUGUAUGUUUUAAACACUUUUCUUAUCGAGACUGAUUAAACUUGUACAGAGAGACAAAAACAAUACCAGGUGAUAUGCAAUUGUUAUAUACGUAUAUUCUAUUCGAUUAUAUUUGUAUGAAUAAAUAGAUGUAUGUCCACGUGA